GACGAUAUCUUGCCUGUGAACGGAAUAAUUAAAAUAUCGUCAUACACCGUCGUUGAAGUCAAGUGACUCCCCCGCCAUUUCGGAGAAUUCUCAGCGGAUAGCGGAUAGACGGGCAGACCAUGCCAAAGAGCCAAGCCCCCUUCCAGAUAUUAACUUUGAUAUUGCCGUUACAUCUGGGGUGCAUGAGCCACUGCACGAGCUGCCGGAGCUGCUCGGAGUCGCGCAUGGAAGUAAACGAAGGGUCUAUUCGAUUGGUGGCCUUUAUAUGCCAACCUCAGAGUAAUUAAUGUUCUCUUGGCUAUAUAGUCGGCCAACUUGGCUUCAAGAAUCGCGUCUUGGCUCUACAGUUCGUGCCUUGAGUAGUGAAUCCCGACUCUUCCAUUGAUCGACGUUAAUCUGUCAGGUCUUUAGCACAAACUCUAUCAUGGACAACCUCCAUCAAUUGGUGGGAAUGAACGGGGCAUUCUUUUCCUUGUAAUGUUCUCUAUAGCGAUGCUUGAAAACGCCGAACUAUAAGAGCUGCGGGCGAUCACCUCAUCCUCUCAGCAAGGUUCAUACAAGGAUUAGACGCUCCAAUUGCAUUACACUGUCUAUCAAUUCUUUGCACAGAAAGAUCUAGCCAUGACGAACUUCCGCUACGCCAUCCUGGGCCUGAUCCCCGUUGUUCUGGGAUGCUCCAACCCAGACACCAACUCAUGCGCCAGCUAUAUCAAGUCGAACCAGGCUGUUGCUUCGCCAUACUGCGGCACGUUCACAACGAAAGUCGUCACUGCCACCACUGGCCUGCCUGCAUGGGCCACCAACUGCGACAGCAAGCCUAGCCAGAUCAGCAAGGAGUGCUCAUGCUACUGGACUGGAGCAGGAGGUGCACCAGCAACCACACUCGUGCCAACGACUACGGCAGCUGGUGGCGGCAGCGGCGGCGCCACACCGACUGGCCUUACCACGACCUUGCCCAAGUCCUCGGGCGCUGUUGCCACUAACAAGGCUAUUGCCGUCACCGGUAGCUUCGAUGGUGGCAUGAAGAUGUACGACCGAAGCCCCGCGGUUUGUGCUGGACAGACGGAGACUGGUGAGGCGGAUGCCAUGUUCAUCCUUGAGGAUGGUGCCACGCUCUCCAACGUUAUAAUUGGUCCAAACCAAGCUGAGGGUGUCCACUGCAAGGGAAAGUGCACAAUCAAUAACGUCUGGUGGUCUGACGUCUGUGAGGAUGCCAUCACAUUCAAGCAGGCUAGCGGCACAUCCUACAUCAACGGAGGAGGUGCAUUCAAGGCCUCUGACAAAAUCAUCCAAUUCAACGGCCGCGGAACGGUCUCCGUGAAGAACUUCUACGCCAACGACUAUGGAAAGGUUGCUCGAAGCUGCGGCAACUGCAGCGGCAAUGGUGGCCCUCGCAAUUUUAUUUUCGACAAUAUCAUGGCCAUCAACGGCGGAGUCAUCUGCGGCAUCAACACCAACUAUGGCGACACUUGCACAAUCACGAACUCUUGCCAAAACAGUGGCAAGGGCUGCGAUAGAUAUACGGGCAACGCCAGUGGAGCUGAGCCCCCAAAGAUUGGGUCAGGAUUUGACGGAACCUACUGCAAGGGAUCUAUCUCUAGCAGCUGUUAGGGGGGUGAUAAUGGUGCACAGUAGAGCUGCCAAAGUUAUUAUUGUCUAUAUUUAAAAAUGAC